UACCGGCCUUCUUGUUUAUUGUUGACAUGCAUAGAGAGUCGAGAUCAGCUGUGCCGACGUAUUAUAUUCUGCAAAGAAGAUUGGACAUAGAUCUAUUUGUAGAAGAAAAAAAUGAGCAGCAAGUUUGUCCGUAAGCGCACAACAAAGACAACUUCUCCGGUCACUGACAGCGGCAAUGAGAAAACGAGGGAUAAUAGCAAAAAUGAAACUCCUGAUGAUACAAACAGUGGAGAUUCAAAGCCGCUACGCAAAUCGACAGAAGAAAAAAUCGACUCUGAUGUUACAGAGCAGACUCAGGUGAGGAGAUCGGCUGCUGAUGCAGACUCUGAUUUUGGUGUCUUGAAAGGAUCUUACUGGCUGACGAGAAUUGUCCUGAUUCGAUAUAUGGGAUUUAUUUACUUUGUGGCAUAUCUGGUCAGCCUGUUUCAGAACCAUCAGCUUCUGGGGAAAGAUGGCCUCCUUCCAGCCAACACCUACCUAGCAGACGUGAAGCGCCGUGUUCAGCUGUCCAGCCCAUGGUCUCUCGUCUCCGCGGUGCCCACUUUGUUGUGGUUUGUUGACAACUCGCAGGACCUGAGCCACUGGUUCGAUGUCAUAGCUUGGACUGGGCUGAGCAUCGCUGUCUUCAUGAUGAUCACAGGAGCGGGGAACUGGCCCCUCCUAUUAACCCAGUGGCUUCUCUAUCACUCUCUGGUCAACGUAGGACAAAGGUGGUUCUCAUUCGGUUGGGAGAGUCAACUUCUGGAGACGGGCUUCCUCACCGUGUUCCUGUGUCCGAUGCUGUCACUGUCCGCAGUGCCUAGAGCCACGCCCCCCUCCAGGGUCGUCAUCUUUGCCUACCGCUGGCUCAUAUUUCGGAUUAUGCUGGGAGCAGGCCUGAUAAAGAUCAGGGGAGAUAAAUGCUGGAGAAAUCUGACUUGUAUGAACUAUCAUUAUGAGACGCAGCCCGUGCCAAACCCGAUGAGCUACUUCAUGCACCAGUCUCCAGAAUUUUUCCACAAGUUUGAAGUUCUGUCCAACCAUUUUGUGGAGCUCCUAGCCCCGUUUUUCUUGCCGCUGACACGUCGAUGGUGCAUGCUGGGAGGAGCCAUACAGAUUUUGUUUCAGGUGGUGUUGAUCAUCAGCGGGAACCUGAGUUUCCUCAACUGGCUGACCAUCCUCCCGAGCCUAGCAUGUUUUGACGACCUCAGCGUGGCCUGGAUGUUUUCUUCCGGCCCCGGCUCCGCCAAGGCCAGAGUUGUGGAUCUCAGAAGAAAAGAAAAAAGUGGAAGUGGCCCAGCACCAAGCUUAUCUAGGACAAUCCGCUCGGUGUUCAACAUCAGCCUGGCUGUUCUCAUUGCCUACCUGAGUGUCCCCGUGGUGCAGAAUCUGCUGUCUCCCCGCCAGGCCAUGAACACAUCCUUCGACCCGCUCAGACUCGUCAACACCUACGGGGCGUUCGGCAGUGUGACAAAGAAAAGGACGGAGGUGAUCUUCCAAGGAACCAGCAGCUCUGACCCUAGUUCCCCCAGUGCAGUCUGGGAAGAGUACCAGUUUAAGUGUAAGCCGGGGGAUGUUUAUCGCCGGCCUUGCCUCAUAUCCCCAUACCACUAUCGGCUCGACUGGCUCAUGUGGUUCGCUGCUUUCCAAACUUACCAGCAGAACCCGUGGUUGCUUCAUCUGGCAGCAAAACUUCUAGUCAACGACGAAGGUGUGGAGUCUCUUAUAGCCCACAACCCAUUCCAUAACAGAGACCCUCCAAAAUUUGUGAGAGCGGAACACUGCAAGUACAGCUUCACCAAGAUCGGUUCGGCUGAGGCCAAGAGUGGAGCAUGGUGGAAAAGAAAGUUGGUGGGUUUAUAUCUUCCCCCGGUCUCUUUGGACAUGCUUGGGAAGCUCAUCUCAGACAUGGGCUGGCCGCAACCCAAGAGGAAAAUGAGGAAGCUGUGAUAAAAUUGAUGAGGCGUCUCUCUCGCAGCUAUGCUACAGCUACAUUUGGACAAGAUAUGUGUGUCUCAACAAGGUGGAAUCGGGCGCUCAUAAUUUUUGGGAAUCUGGAAUUAUUGGUAUCACCUUUAAGUCUUAUCAUGUUUGAAGCUUGUUCCUUUGUCUUGAGUUUAAUGGGAAAAAAUAACCCUUCUGUCUUGAAUACAAGUCGAAAUAUUUGGGAUUGAAAGAGAUAGGGUUGCCUGAUGUCAGAGGUGAAACUAAGCGAGAAAAUGGUGGCCAAAGUGUGGUGGCUUCCAAAGCUUAAAUAUCCCUGGGAACGGCAAAAAAUUACAUUUUUGGGGCCUUUAAUCAGUGAUUUUCUUUAAAAACCACACAAUAAUGUAUUUUAAGUGGGCAUUUCAGGAGCUGAGCCCAAAAGCAAAUAUUUGAGGAAAAUUGCCCAACAGAUUGAAAAAUGUCGAAUUCUUUGAUUUCAUUAGUUUGACGAGCACUUGAUUUCACCACGAUGCCACACAUAUGUUUUUUG